GGCAUGUACAUUAGUCAGGCUGCUAGUGUAGCUUGUAUUCUCAUAUAUGUGACUGCAAAUUGAGUGCGCGUUUGUGGUAUUUUCUGUUGUUAUGAAGAGGUAAAUCAGAAGCCAGAAUUAUUGCUAAAUUACCCAUGGACUCUACUCCAAUUUCGGGAAUAAGAGACAGACAGGGACAGAAAGACGGAAGCGAAAGUAAAACGGGUUGUCAUUUCGGCGCCACAGUUGCGUAGAAUUCAUUUUCCGUGCCCGAGCUAUGAGCUGUUUAGCUUUUAAUGCGGUGUUGCUGGAUAUUUCCAACCAGCUGACCCCUGGACAGCUGGCAAGUCUCAAGUUUCUGUGUAGGGACAUGAUUGGGAAAAGGGAGUUGGAAGCGAUCGACGGCGGAUUGAAACUUUUCCAGUCCUUGUCCGAGAGAGGUGUGCUUGGACAAGACAGGAGAGAGUCGCUGUCGGAACUUCUCAAACAAAUUAAACGACAGGAUCUGUCGGAAAAGUUGAGCAGCUUUCAGUCACCGCCGGAAUGUGCCGACAACCAACCUUCCGAAACGGAGAAAGCCAAGCUGGACUUUGCCACAGAAGUAAUUGCCGAGAACAUGGGGCGGACCUGGCGUAAAUUAGGACGCAAACUGUAUUUGAACGAAAGUAAGCUGGAUUCUAUCUCAAAGAGGUAUCCAACAGAUUUGGAAGAGACGGUCAGAGAGCUGCUGAAGGAAUGGAGGAAGAUUCGUGGAGCCGAGGCUCAUGCAAGUGAGCUGAUUGAGGCCCUAAGAGCGUGUCAGCAUAAUCUCACAGCUGAUACAGUGGAGGAAAGAUUUGCACGCAUGUGACGUCAAUAAAGGCAAAUCAUAUAUACA